CUAAUUAGACUCAAAAGAUUCAUCUCAAAAUUUAUUCUCUAGUUUUGUUUUUAGCUUUAUAAAUAAUAUAUAUUUAGUACUCUAUGCAUGUGUCGGACGAGAGUUAAAAAAAAUCGCAAGUAACAGGGCCUAAGGCAUCAACCAUCAAGUAAUAUUUCAAUGGCAGUUAAGGAAUUCCCAACACGCCUCCAAUAGCGCCAUUGACUAAUUUCCGCAAUCAGGGUGUAAAAGCGUAUUUGAAUGCAAUUGAAAUUUCGUCCCGUUCGUUCCCACAAAAGCAAAGGAAAUCGCGACCCUCCUCCGGCAGUAGCUGUUUUCCGUUAGAGGAUUCUUGUCUUCUUCUCCGGCUCCGGCGACCUCCAGCUGCAGCGGCGGCGAUGGGGGUGAAGAACCUCUGGGACAUCCUCGACUCCUGCAAGAAGAAGCUCCCGCUCCAGCACCUCCAGAACAAGAAGGUGUGCGUGGAUCUUUCCUGCUGGCUCGUGCAGUUCUGCAGCGCCAACCGCUCCCCGGCCUUCCUCAGGGAUAAGGUCUACCUCAAGAACCUCUUCCACCGUAUCCGAGCCCUCCUCGCCCUCAACUGCAGCCUCAUCUUUGUCUCAGAUGGGGCGAUUCCUUCAGUCAAAUUGGCUACUUAUAGGCGCCGCCUGGGAUUAAAUGCUGCUGAGGCUACUCGAGAGGAGGCCAACUCACAACCUCUGACUUCUUUGCGCCGGAACAAGAGCUCAGAGUUCUCACGCAUGAUCAAAGAAGCCAAGCAUCUCGGGUUGGCCCUUGGCAUCCCCUGCUUGGAUGGUGUGGAAGAGGCAGAGGCACAGUGUGCAAUGCUUAAUUUUGCCUCCUUGUGUGAUGGCUGUUUUACAUCGGAUUCCGAUUCAUUCCUGUUUGGUGCAAGGACAGUUUAUAGAGAUGUUUUCAUAGGAGAGGGUGGUUAUGUAAUUUGCUAUGAAAUGGAAGACAUUCAGAAGAAGCUUGGUUUCGGCAGGAACUCACUGAUAUCACUUGCAGUUCUUCUUGGCAGUGACUAUUCUAAUGGAGUCCAUGGCUUUGGCCCAGAAUUAGCAUGCCGCCUUGUUAAAUCUGUGGGGGAUGAUGCCAUUCUUGAUCAAAUUUUGUCCGAUGGAGUUAAACCUGCAAGGAAAUGUAAAGGAAAAAAUAGUGGUGCCAUUGCAGGGAGGGUUGGUGGAACAUGCCCAAAAGCGAGUACCUGUGAGGUUGGGAUUAACCAAGAUUCUGGUGGUCAAUUUCGUGACAUAAUAAAUGCAUAUCUGGAGCCAAAAUGUCAUUCACCAGAUUCAGAAGCCGUGCAGAGGGCAUGCAGUCAGCAGCCAUUUCUUCGGUCACAGCUGCAACAGAUAUGUGAGCAAUACUUUGAGUGGAGCCCUGUGAAAACUGAUGAAUAUAUCCUUCCAAAGAUUGCUGAGAGAGAACUUCGAAGAUUUUCAAAUCUCCGCUCCACGUCUUCAGAUCUAGGAAUAAAACCUUCACUGGAUGAGAUGCCAGUACCGUGCCCUGUACUGGCAAUUGUGAAGCAGCGAAAAGUUCAAGGAAGUGAAUAUUAUGAGGUUUCAUGGAGAAACAUAGAUGGGCUCCAAGUUUCAGUUGUUCCAGGGGAUCUUGUUAGAAGUGCUUGCCCAGAAAAAAUAACUGUCUUUUUGGAAAACAAGGAUGCUCAGAAGAAGCAAAAGAGGAGAGCUAGGCCAAAGAAAUCAGGUCAAGCUGCUGCUGCCUUAAAAGACGUGGAUGCGCAGCUCCAAGAAUUGCUACUUGGAAUUGAAUCUGAAAGCAGUACAUUUCCAUGUACAGCCAAUGGCCCUCAGACUCAGACAGCAGAUAUGCAGAUGGUGGCACCGCUCCAGGAUUUUGUUGAUCUGUCUUCUCCAUCACCACCUAUACGAUCUUGUAAGAUGGCCAGAUCCAGAAAGUUCAGUGAUUCAGACGCAGUAACCAUGGGUCAGAUUGAUCUGCAGCACCAAAAUCUGCUGAUUGGAUCAAUGGAGUCAAAAGGAAAUACUGUUUUGUGCGGCAUGAAGAAUUCGACACUAGAUCAUGAGCCAAUUGAUCUUUCAUCACCCUCGCCUUGCGCUGCUCAUAAACCCCAGGCAGCUCCAGAAGGACCGCCACUGUGUAUGGAAGCAGAAAGAAGAGCCCUCUGGGAUAUAAGCAAUUUGCCCGAGAAAGAACCCUCCUGUUGCAAGCAUGAACCUGGAACAAGUGGCUGUGAUGUGCAGGUGGAAGAAUCACCAUUGUUCAGGCAUGGGACUGGGAUGGCAGGCAAAGCUGAUUCCUCACAGAGGAGCGAUGGACAAAGUAGUGAAGUAGUAGAACCCACCAUGAUCGAUCUCUCUUCUCCUUCACCGGUUAAAGUGGAUAAGAGUAGACGGAAUGGCCAGAAGCCUGACCAGGAUUGUGAGGCUGAUGAUGGCAGUCAGUCUCCAGAACACGAGAGGAAAGCGAGGGAGCUCAGAUUGUUUCUAAACAGUAUAAGAGACGAGCUAAACUAACAUUGUAGUAUUGGAUUGUAUUGUAUGUAAACCGAUGCAGUCACCAAUUGGUGUGACAGGGGAGCAUGUGUACAAUGAUGUAUGUUUACUGAAGCUGAGUAUGACCCUCACUCUCGGGCAGUCUGACGGGCAGAUGAAGGCCGCGAUGCAGUGCAGAGCAACAUGACAAAGGGUCCAAGGCAGACCUUGGAUUUAAGCCUUGUUUA